GUCUACAUUAACCCUCCUCUCCUCUGGUCCAAUCAGAGAUGGUGGGGGCGUGCAUCGGAGUGUUCCUAUUGGCCGUCCUGUACGAGGGUCUGAAGAUGGGUCGAGAGACGCUGCUGCGCCGCAGUCAGGUGAACGUCCGCUACAACUCCAUGCCUCUACCUGGAGCUGAUGGGACCAUCCUGAUGGAGACGCACAAGACUGUGGGGCAGCGGAUGAUAAGCCCCGCCCACUUCCUGCAGACGCUGCUCCACAUCGUGCAGGUGGUCGUCAGCUACCUCCUGAUGCUCGUCUUCAUGACCUACAACGCGUACCUGUGCAUCGCCGUGGCAGCCGGCGCCGGGAUGGGGUACUUCCUGUUCAGCUGGAGGAAGGCGGUGGUCGUAGACAUCACCGAGCACUGCCACUAGCUAGCGUGCUAGUUAGCGUGCUAGUAUCCGGUCGAUCUGGAGUUUGAUAUUUGCGGAACACAAUCGAGGAAACGCUAACAGAUUAGCCAAGUGUUAGCAUGCUAGCUGACUGAACUACAAAUCCCAGAUUGUUAGAAACGAGACACUAAGUCCCAGGUAACCAUGGUAACAGUUUGAUGUAGGUUAGCGUGCACACUAACAUCUUUAGUUAGCGGUUAAUUAAUCCGACUAUCCUCGAUGUAUUUCCUGUUUGGUUGUGAGCUCCAAUCACUGCUCGGAUCACCGCGGAAGCCUCUGAUUGGCCGAUCCUCAUUCUGUUGUUAAUUUCCUGUUUGGUGCCAUGACAACUGGAAAGGCUAGUGCUAAUGUUAGCAUUCGUAGCUUACCUUAUUUACACUUUAGUUAGCACUGUUAGCGGCCACAUGUCAGUAUUUAAACAUUUCUGUAGAAAAUAAUUUAUAGAGUUUUACAAUUUUUUUUAAUUUAGAUUUAAAUGAAAACAUGAAAUGUCUUUUUGAUUUUUGUUGAAGUGAAAACAAACAAACCGUCUCCUAUUGGUCCACCAGCCAGCCAAUCACAGCUCAGAUGUUUCAAAAACAUUAUGAUUUUUUAAAAGUAUAAAUAUUUUUUAUUAAAAACAUUAUGAAACUUUAAAACUUGAAUUUAAAUCUCAUGAAUUAAUUAUUCACUGAGUCCUUUUUUAAACCAGAGUUUAGUUUCACGUGUUUCCUCCGUCGGCCUUAAACCGACACGCCGUGCGGUGCCUUAAGGGGCCGGGGACCUGCUGUUUCACUGUGGGGGGUCUGAGAGGGUCUGGGGGGGGUCUGAAGGGGUCUCGGGGGGUUUGUCAGAAAACAGGACUGGUUUCUACCCACAAUGCUUAUCUCCUGUCUGUGAUUUAUUGUGAUUAUUACUAUGAGUCACACUGAGGGGGGCGGGGCUUACAGCCGGACCAAUCAGGCUGCAGGGACAGAUCGUGGUUACUGGACUUUACACAUAGAUAUAAAUGGGUAGUGUGGAGCGGCCCUUUGGGUGUGAACCCGUCUCUGAAGGAAACUGAUCAAUAUUUAAAUGUCUGAAAUGUUUCAAUUUUUAAAUGUCUGAAAUGUUUUAAUUGUCACAAAUGCUGGAAUCAUU